UCAUCCGAAACCUGUAAAACCUAAUUGCAGGCACACCGACUAGAAUCCACCGUCUACCUCGGAGGAGGAGUAGCGACCUUCACCUUUACAAAGGCCUAAAUCGGAAAGAAAAUGACCUACUAAUGGCGAUUUUUAGGUCUCUUAAAGCUCUAAUCAAGAAGAAUCCCAGUCGGUUCAAAACCUUCCUUACGACCACCACAUGUACAAUUUCAGCUCCCUUCUCGCCGCUUUCUUCUUUUCCAUCCCAGCCUCUGUCUCCCUUCGGAUAUCACUCAACGAGGCUUCUUUCUCCUCUCUCAAAAUUGAUUUUUCCCUUUCAUGGUCCUCUUUUCCUGUCGUCUCCGCCAUGGAAGCUUUUGCAGUCCGCCACUCCCCUUUAUGUACAAGGAAAUAGAAUUAUUUUGCACAGAGUUGAAGCUUUAAAUUCUGGAUUCAAUUUGCUUCGCAGAACCAAUCUUCCCCUCAGAAUAGGAUUUGGGUCAGUAUCAUCCGGGCCACACUUGUUGGAUCGAUCGGAUUCGAACACAACAAAUGAUAAUUUGGUACAUGGCUUCGUAAAUUUGCCCAACUUAAUUUCAGUAAGCCGGUUAAUUUCCGGUCCUUUUCUUGGAUGGAUGAUAUCAAACGGCUGGUACUCUUCGGCGAUGGUGGGAUUAGCUAUAUCAGGAGCAACCGACUGGCUAGAUGGAUAUACCGCCAGAAAAUUGGGAAUAAACUCUGUAGUGGGUUCUUAUCUGGACCCUUUGGCUGACAAGGUUCUCAUUGGAUGUGUUGCUUUGGCAAUGGUGCAGAAUGAUCUUCUCCAUCCUGGACUUGUUGCCCUUGUUGUUGGGAGAGAUGUCUUACUUGUUAGUGGUGCUGUAUAUCAGAGAGCCAAUAGCUUGGGUUGGAAGUGGAGAAGCUGGCAUGACUUUUUCAAUCUUGACGGUUCCUCUCCCCAAAAGGUUGAGCCUCUGUUUAUUAGCAAGGUCAAUACUGUUUUUCAAUUGGUAUUGGUCGCUGCUGCGCUCCUGCAACCCGAGUUUGGAACACAGGAGACUGAGCUCUAUGUCACGCUCUUGAGCUGGCUAGUGGCGUCAACGACAGUGGCCUCAACAGCAGCAUAUGGAACACGGUUCAUGAAGAAGAGUUCUGAGUUGAUUGCUGGAAAAGUAUAGGGUCUAGUACUUGCAGAUUUGAGCAAAGCUUCAGAAAAAUUGUCUGAGAUCUCCAAACUUUGAUGGCAUGGAUGUGAGAAGGUCUCGGAUCAAACUGUGUUUCAACAGGCUGAAUAAAUUUCUACAACAGAAGAUUUCCCUUCGAAAUGAAAAAGAAUUUGUACUCUUUUUAAGUUUGAAUAACAUGAGCAUGUACAUAGUUCUCGGGAAUAGUUAUUUGUGCCAAGUGCACCCAAAACAUGUCUUCAUCGAAUUAUUUGUGUUUUCUCUUA